AUGGUGCAAGAGCUAUGCAAGCCCCACCUGUUUCUCCCAGCCGGAAAAGUGGAGGAACUAUACUCCGCGCUUCGGCAAAAGGACGCUCAGAUCUACGUUCAAAGGUGUAGGGCUGCGCCCCCGCCCCGCAGUCGCCUCGUGGCCUGCUGCCUAUCAGGCUUCUCGUUGUUGGCCCUCGCUGACCCAUCGAUGCAUGGAGCGCAGAAUGCCACCCAGAAGCUAAGGGAGAUCGACGCUGAUAGUCCCUGGCCGGAAGAGGGCAUAGAGUUCAGUACUCUCUGGUGCCGAAUGAUAAACGUAUCUGUGGUGCUAUGGCAACUGCGUCUGCGCGACUUUCCGCAGCCAUUGCUUAGUAUGAGUGAAAUGCGGCUCUGGGGCACCAUGUUGGCUGCAGAAGAAUCUGCUCCUCCAAGAGCCGUUCGCACAGUAGUGAUAGACCAGGGUGCCCCGUGGGGUGAGUUUGAGCUAGAACGUAGCAUGAUGCCACUGAAGUGGUAUUAUGAUUUGUGCUGCGAGAUGACGGAAUAUAGCUACGCUUUCGGACCUUGCUGGGAGCCUGUUAUUGCUCAUUGUAAUUUAGCCUUCGACCAAGUUUCCCGUCCGUCCUUGGAUCCAUCCGCACCUUUGACUUGGUGGGAUAAAGUGCGUCUUCUUUUCCACGGACGACUCACUCUCAACUGCAGUAAAUUUACGUGUCUACUCCACGUCUCCCUAGACCCUUAUAACACUACAGAAGAGAUGGAGGUUACUUGGAGUGACUUGGUGUUAGACUGGACCAAUGGCAAGUUAGGAUUCCUGGGUGAGCUAAAGGUCUUCGUUCGUACUGCCAGCAAAUAUGAUGAUUGUCGUGUAUUACGUGUUCCCGGAUUGCGGCUCAGUAUCAAACUGGGUUGGCAGUGUGUGGGUGACCCACGGGACCAUCACGCCGUAGCUCCUUGUGCGCCAACAAGACUACCAGAAUAUUCUAGUAACCAGGAACAUGACUCAUAUAGAGCAUUUCGCUCACAAGGUUUGGAUCUGCACUUAAGUAUGGACACGAAGCCGAUGGAGGAUGAUGGACCGGUUCUACUUUUAUAUGGCAGCACGCUUAGGUGGUUUGAAAGCCUGAAACUAAUUUUGUCUGGUACAACUCGACCAACUCGCCGUGGACGUGUGUUCAAAAACAUGAAGCCUAGGAAACCUCAGCUAUCGCGACAUUAUCGAAAUGUUGCUGUCUCUCUCACUUUACACAACUUACAGGUAUUUUACUGGUCAUCAUCGUCAAUGCAGCGUGGUAUAGAGAUGUUAGGCGUACGUGUGACGUGUGGUUCUCGUCACCGCUUGUCACUUGUACCGGGCUCUGAUUCGCUGAUACGACGAGCACGUGCAGUCUGGGCAACAUUGUACAUGAAUUGCGACCUUAACGACGUUGAGAUAUGGCUCAAAACACCAGCGCAACAGGCGCACGAGGAAAAGGCUGGAGAUGAGAGAGAUAUGCUCUGCCCUCCUGCUAUGGAGAAAUGUUAUUGCCUGUCUGUACGGCGUGUGUCGUAUGGGCGCGAAGCUAGCGGGGCUGGUUCGACUCCUGCGCCUACGCAUCGACUUGCAGUGCACGAUCUACGUGGAGCCUGGACUAAACUUAACCGGGAUCUUGCAUUUGCGCUUAUCGAUACGUAUAUCAAGACACAGCAAUUAAAGAAAAACCUAUCAACUAAGGCAUUGAAGGAAGAAGAAAAGCCGACAACAUCGCCUAAACAUCAGCGAGAUACCGACGUUGUAUCACCACCGCCUGCCUCGACACAGGGUGGCAGCGGUGGUAGCGGAUCGUGCGCGGAAGGCAUGUUGGCGGCAUUAGUGGCAGAGGCAGGUGAGGCAGGGGGUGAAGCACCCGUCGUGUUCAGUGACGAGUUGGCCGGGGCUGAGGGAGACGCCCCGCCCCCACAUCCACCUCAUUUGAGGCAUGUGCUGGAUGACGAUACUGCGCAUACUGCGUGUCUCAUUGAAUUAGUGAACUCCCAAGUGGUGCUAAAAGGUUGUGAGACGCGUGGAUACGUGAUACUUUGUGCGGCACGAGCGGAAGUACGCCAACGUGUACGUCGCGCGCCCGCAGCAACGGCCUGGAGCGGCGCACUGUCCGCUAUGCAGUACUAUGCUACGGUCAGCGCAGCGGAUCGAGAUCAGCUUGAUGAAAACAUUCAAUGGGUGUCAGUAGAGGAGAUUGAAGAGAGAUGGUCAGGUGCGGAAAUUAGUACGUUGCCGGACGUCCCGCGACUCGUUGGUAGCGGCCACUCGGCUGGCGGUGUUAUUGGCAGGACUGUCGGACCUUCUGCUGACACUGGUUUAGCUCAGUUACAAAGGAUAGUAUCUCGGUGCGCUUGCGAGUUCUACUACGUGUCCCAAGAAAGUGAGAGCAGUACUAACACGGGAGCUGGAUGGGCGUCUGCGCCUGAGCCAUACGACUCCUUCACCCUCAUGCAUCACGAUCUUGAUGUCUGCACUAAUUCAUUACAGUACGCAAUGUUGUUGGACGUGAUAAAUAACGUGGUACUUCACGUGGAGCCUGAAAGACGUCGAGCGUUAGAACGGCGCGCGCGCAUGCGGUUCCAACUACAGUUGCAUCGCGACACAGAUCCUAGACAUCUCAUACACAAGUUGCAGACUCAGGUGAGAGAGACACUGGCCCGUCUCCGUCGGUUAGAAAAGGAAUAUUAUUUGAAGAAUCGAUCCAUAACUGGCAACGACCCUAUAGCUCUGGCUGAGUUGAAGAGUUUGGAUGAUCAGGUAAAUGAAUGCAAAGAAACAGCGUGGUCCCUAGGUGAAGAGCUAGAUGCAAUGGUACGCGCGUGGCGUGAAGCGGGUUGCGCUACACGUGCGCCUGCGCCGCGAUCGCCACACGCUCCGCCCCAUCGCUAUAAUGAGAUAUGCUUUAAGUCUGCCCGUUGGAGACUCACUGAUGCAGAUGGGCAGCUGGGCAUUGCUGAUCUGCUGCUUACCAACUUCUUGUAUACGAAAACUUCCCGAUCAGAUGACUCUGUGGAACAUCAAUUAGAGUUGGGUUAUGUACGAGUUACGAAUCUUCUGCCUAAUGAACCAUUCCCCGAGGUCUUAGUACCUCAAGCAGCGUCCGGCCGUGCACCAUUGGCUCGUCGCGCGGCGUUACGCGUCUUCUGCCGAGAUCGACCACCCGUAGGCGGAAUAUCUGUGAAAGAACAUUUUGAAGUCAAUAUUGUGCCCAUUCGGAUUGGCAUGACAAAGAAGUUCUUCAACACAAUGUUGAAGUUUUGCUUCCCGGAACGAGAUCCAGACGCCAUGGAGGAAGGAGAAGAAGAGGCUGGGGAAGGUGCAUCAGGUAGAAACAGCGGAACGCUGGUCUCGAAGAAGUCGCGAAAGAAGAACAAGGAUUCCAACUCUAACUUCUAUGUCAAGCGGGAUAAGAAGGAUAAAGACGAUGUUGAGAAAAUGAAGGAGCGCGCAGAGAAGAACAAACUUUUCAUCUACAUUAAGAUUCCUGAAGUGCCCGUACGUGUGUCAUACAAGGGCAGCAAGGAGAAGAACUUGGAAGACGUACGGGACCUGCCACUGCUACUGCCCACGCUGGAGUACCACAAUGUCACCUGGACCUGGCUUGAUCUCUUGUUGGCUACGAAGAACGACACACGCCGAGUUCUGCUAUCACAAGCGAUUAGACAGAAAUUACAGCUCCACCGACGCGCUCCCGCUGCCCCUGAACCUUUGGAAGAAGAUAAGGCCAGAUUACUUCUAGGAGAUAGAACUGUAGCUGAAAACAAGCCUCAGAAGAAAAGUGUUCCGAGCGUGUUUAAGUUCUCCAAAUCAUAG